UAGAAAGCUUGCAGAGUUUUGCUCUUUUUCUUUCUCUCUGAGGGUUUGUAAUAAGACACACUCUUCUUUCCAAGGGUUCACACCAGAGCACAGAAAAGAACUGUUUAACUUGGAAGAACAAUAUCCUAGGCUUGUUGGUUCGACAAAAAGAUCUUUUCCUUUUUGGCUCAAAGUCGAGCUGCUUCUCCCUGCACGGGCCCCAAAAUGAUAGCAAUUUCUGCAUUUAGUGGUGCCCUCUUGAUUCUCACUUUCUGUGAAACAAGUGCAAUAGUGUUACCCAAUUCUACUGACCUGUUCCUGUCAACCACUAAUCACACUGAUGCUGAAGCAGCCUUGAGAACUCCUCUGGAUUCUGCAAACCUGCCGAAAACCAGAAGGAAACGCUACAUAUCACAGAAUGACAUGAUUGCCAUUCUGGAUUAUCACAAUCAAGUCAGAGGCAAAGUUUUUCCACCUGCAUCCAACAUGGAAUAUAUGGUAUGGGAUGAAAAUCUAGCAAAGUCUGCAGAAGCAUGGGCUGCUACCUGCAUUUGGGACCAUGGCCCUUCUUAUUUACUGAGAUUUUUGGGACAAAAUCUGUCUGUACGGACUGGAAGAUACCGAUCCAUUCUCCAGCUGGUGAAGCCAUGGUACGAUGAAGUGAAAGACUAUGCCUUCCCCUAUCCUCAGGACUGCAAUCCAAGAUGCCCACUGAGAUGCUAUGGACCCAUGUGCACACAUUAUACCCAGAUGGUUUGGGCCACUUCCAAUCGAAUAGGCUGUGCAAUCCACACAUGUCACAACAUGAAUGUCUGGGGUUCCGUCUGGCGACGAGCUGUUUACUUGGUAUGCAACUAUGCCCCAAAGGGGAAUUGGAUCGGAGAAGCACCAUAUAAAGUAGGAGUGCCAUGUUCUGCUUGUCCGCCAAGUUAUGGAGGAUCUUGCACUAACAAUCUUUGCUUUCCGGGGGUCACAUCAAACUACUUAUAUUGGUUUAAGUAAAAAGUUACAGUUGUUCUAGUCAAAUGAGUGUGUUACAAAAUCUUGAAUAUUGAACUUUGCACAUAUUGUAUAUAUAUAGUUAUUGUUAUUAUUAUUAUUAUUAGUGUAAACAUUCUGUAGUAGUUUGAAAACUAGUUUUAAUAUUGUUACAUAAAUCCCACUACCCAUGCUGAAUUAAUAGUUACCUUUCCAGACUGAUAAGAGGUACUGUGUAUUCAAAGAGAAAUGAAAGAAGAUACAGACAUUCAAAGUCACAAGCUAAUGGAUAAACAAGCUAAUCAGGGUCCUAAGGUUUAUUUUAGUGCCUUAGAAACUGGGGGAAUAAGUUGCCUUGUUUUCAAACUUCCAACUUGAGAGUGUUGGACAUCAGGUGACUAUCAGUUAACUGUAUGCAGUGCUUUGCAUAUCACAAAUGAUCUCCAGCAAAAAAGAGCAAACAAAAGAUACUCAAUCCUCCAUGCAAAGUAAAUGGUUUAACUAACACAAACUGGUUCCCUAGAACAAUUUUAUCAAAUGGUUAUUUCUUUGUGUGUGUUAUUUUUCAGAAUGAACAAAGCAAUUACAUUCUAUUAAAAAAAUCUAAAACCAAGUAUAUAUUUUUAUGAGACAGAAUACACUGUGUUAGAAGUCUUUAGGCAAUUAAGUAGGAAGAAAACGUAUUGAAAUCAUAAUGGUGUAUAUUUGUACAGGUUUCUUGUUCUAGUAUCUCUACAUUGUAAAAAGAAUAGGUCCAAGCUUACGUAUUUGCUUAAAGAUACGUACAUUGCUGCAAAUUGUCCGGAUGGUAUGGACCAGGGGAUCUCAGACUUCUUCACCAGUGGGCCAGUGGAGAGGUGCCAGUGGGGCGUGUGGGCUGGAAAGGUGGCGUUGGUGGGGGCGGUGCAUGCAGGUGCGCGCUGAAGUGGGGAUGGGGCGUGGGCAGGCGCGCACGCGUGGUGAGGGGAGGCAAGACAAGGCAGGGGCGGGCACAUGCCACGAGGCAGGCACACGAGGCAGUGGCUGGCUUGCUUGCUUGGAGAUCGUUUGUCUGAGCGAGCAAACUGCUGUCUCCCUGUGCAUGGGGCAAGAUGGGUGGUGGCGACCCUGCGCAUGCGGCGGAUCCAAAUGGACACGGCGGGCCGGAUAAAUGGAUAUGGUGGGCCGGAUCCAGCCCCCGGGCCAUAGUUUGAGGACCCAUGGUAUGGACUAACCUGAGCUGUGAUGUCAUAAACAACAGAAUAUUAUUUUGUAACUAUAGUAACAUCCUACCCAUAAGCUAUCUGUCUGUGUUCCCCUUCCAAAUUAUUCCUUGGCUUUCUAGCUAGUAUUACCUGUGGCCUAGCUGUUCCUAGGAUAGUACAUUGUGGUCUACCUGCCUUCUCAUAAUGGAGCUACCUGUUGGUGCAGCAGAGUAGAUGGGUGUAGCUGUGCUAAUAUGAUUCCAGGUUCUUGUCAAGAUGUGCAAUAAUAUUAAAUAGAGCUAUCUGGUCUUUUUCAGGCUAGGUUAAAAAACUGCUCUGGUGUGCCUUGCUUAGACUUACUAUAUCCUGUGACAAGGUUGGAUUACUUUCAGUAACACAGAGUUUAUCUGAACUGGAUCAGUCCAUUCAAUUAAACAGAGUGGCAGAUCAAUUUCACAUGAACAAUGGUUGUGAAUGAAUCUUCACAGUCAUGAAAAGAAUAGUAAUAAGUCAAAAGAGUAAUUCUGCUUAAAAUUUUCAUGAGUAUUUGUCACUGACUACAAAAUAGCAUAGGUAAUAGUCAUCCAGUGAUAUAAUGACCCAAGUAAAGGUAUGCUUAAGCUGUGUAUCUUGUGAAUGGGCUUCCAUAGGAUUGGAAGACCUGACUAUGGUGGUACCCCACUUGCCUGAAAGCCUAUGGAUGAGCUGACUGGGUGAAGGGUUCUUCCCUGCAGACUGCCACACUAACACAUGGAGGCUGGACUAGCAGUGUGAAUCCAGAAGUAAGACUCCUUUCUCUAGUAAUUGUGUGAGGCAAGUAUAAUGUGAAGAGAGCUAAACAGCCUUUCUUAUUCAAGACUUCAGAAACAAAAUAAGAAAAUUGGUCACAUGCACAUCUAAUAAAUUAAGCACUUUUUGAAGAGUAAAGAAGAAUUUUUGCUAUUUUGGGAUUGACCUUGGCACUCAAAGCAGAACUUUUAAAAAUGAAUAUGGAUACUUUGGAAUUACCUGCAUACAGUCUGAACUUUAGUUGAUUGUGACAUUCAGGUUCUCCUUUUCACUGGAAGCAGCCUUCACAUGUGUCACAGAUUCCAGCUGAGAAUGUUUCCAUAUGCAACCAAAUGCAGACUUUUUAUGGGCUACUAUCCAGGGCUGUACCUCAUAGUGUUUCACAGCUAGGUCGUAUGAUGGUAGUGAACAUUUUUUCUGUAAAGAUGCAAAGCUACAAAGUCUGUUCACUUUUCCUCAUUGUCAGAAAACUGACAUAAGUUAACAGAAAAAUAUAAAAUUCUCAGACAGGUGAGUGCUGAUUUUAUCUUCAUCAAAUAAGCUUUUAGGUAGAGAGGUCUUUUCUGGUUGCUGGGAACAGUAAGAAGCAAAUGCAAAUCCUAUGUAUUUCUGAUAUGGGAAAGAAAUAAGCAUUAAAUUAGAACUGUAAUAAGUUUCAGAAGCAAUGUAGUAUGCUUUCUAAACAGAACAGUAAUUGUAAAUAUAUGUUCUAGAAACUACUACGCAUACUAUAUAUAGACACAGAUACAUUAUUGUUAACUGUUAUUCUUCUGUGUUGGUGCAAAUAAGCUCAUUCUUUGGAAUCCUGUCAAUACAGGCAAUGACACGUUGCUGUUGUCAAGCAGGUGCAUAGGUCUUUUAGCAAUAUGUAACAACCUUCCAUAAUAUGAUGCCUUCAAGAGCAGGGGGCACUAGUUUGUGGAAAGCUGAAAUACAACAAUGGUGCUAACAAUGGGUGAAGCCCUGACUUCAUUGAAAACAGUGUUAAUCUUUUCAGGUAACCCAGGAUUUAACCACCUGUCCACUAUAUCCAGCAGGAAAUAAAGAUGACAUAAGCUAUUUCAGAUGAGCAGCUUCUUUUAAAACAGGCAGCAAGUAUUGAAGGGUUCUUUUGGAUAUGUUUUUCAUAUAGCAGAGAGAUGUUUCCAUGUUCUUAUGUUUAACUUACACGAUUAAAGAGUGACUUAAUCAUACAGAAUAUCUUUUGCUAACUAAGUGUACUUUAGAUGAAUGAUGGGGAUUGCAUUCCCAAACACCUGCAGUACACCAGUUUUUGUAAUAUUGAUCUAUAAGGAUGUUGUAAAACUCUCUGCUCUGUUGACUUGAACUCCUGCAAUACUUACUCUCCGCUUUCUUUUGGUUUAUAUCAGUGGUUUUAAAACUCAAAAACUUAGAAUUCCUCACUGAGAAGACUAAUAGUUGUAGCUUUCCAGGAAGCAAUUUGACUAAUAUCCAUAUCACAGAUGCUUCUCUGUGAUGUAAAGAAGAUCUUAGAUAUAUUUUGGGGAACACAUAAUUAAUGUGGUGCAAUGGCAAGAGCCUAACAGGUCUGGGUGAUGACCCAUGUUCAUGACCAUUGGUAGUUGUUUAUGUUUCCUGGCAGACGCAUGGGCUCCUUUGCAAACAAAAAGAUUUGAAUAGUGUUUCUUGAAUGUAAAAAAUAUGAAAACCACUGGUUUAUAUAAAAGCAAGCUGAGAAAUGUUCAUUUACCUACAUGGCCAGUAUCAAUGGUGCUUUGGUAGAGUAGCUCAAUAUGAAGCUCUGUGUAUUUGCUAAUUAAAAAAGACAGUAAUGUAGCAGAUAUCUGGAAUAUUGGCUGUACAACUGCAAUUGAUUCGAUGCUAGUAAAUACACAUAGUAUAAGGUUGAAACAGAGCAAAGUUGGCCAUAUAAAUGUUUCAUAUUUUUACAGUUUUUUAUAUUAUUUCAGUGUAGAGCAGAAAUUCUGGUGAUAAGUUUCUUGGGUCUUCCAAUGAUUCUAGUGGAACUAUUUUGACAGCAUUUUCACUGUUAUUAUAGGGCUACAUGUAGGUUGGGUUUAGGGGUAAAGCAGUCAUCAAUUUUCACAGACUUACUAACUAGUAUAAAAGAACCAUUUUAGUAACACUCACUUCCUUCACCAGCACAACACUGGGAUGUAACUUUCUCUUCCAAUAUAAAAGAAAUAUUGACAAAUUGACAAAAAGACCAAAAAUAAUAGUAAAUAUUAAAUUGAUCUUAAAAAUACAUUAUGAAUUAGAAGAGACAUAAGAAUAAAACUCUACAUGGGUGUCCAAAAUGUUAACCCACCAACAUAGCUUUUGAUACCAUAAUAGUAUUGGGCUUAAAUAAGUAUUUUAAUAUUAAGCUAUUUUGGUGCUAAAGGACUGACUCUUUUAUGAUAUAUUCUCCUAAUUUAGCUUCAUAUAACUAGUAACGUAACUUCUAUUGGCAGCACAUUACAAUUCUCAAACCAACUAUGGGCCCAAUCCAAGGAAUGUUUAAACUAUAUAAACCAGCUGAGCCAUGCUGAGAAUCAUAGGAUUUUAUAUGUCUAUACAUGGACCCUUAAGUACACAUGCAAUUGUUCAGACUUAACCAACCUGGCAUCUUCCAGGGGGAUUGGACUAUAGUACCCAGUCUCCCAGUCAGCCAGGUGGGAAAAGAUUGCAAUAGUUCAUGCUCAACUUGGGUCAGACAUUUCCUUCUACUUUUAGGGGACCAUUUGUUCACUGGGACGUUUGUCUUUCAAGGGGUGUCCAUAAGAACAUUUGCCUUAUAUUUAAUUACUGAGAGUGUGUUUCUAUUUUCUGUUUCUUAAUAGCAAACCAAAAAAAAAAAAUCCUUUACUGUUGAUGUACACAGCAAUUUGGCUGCUCUGAGAAGCCCAGCUGAGUGCCUGGGACAGAAUGCCCUUGGGAGUGAUUCUACGUCAUGACAUUCUUGACAUGAGACACUCUUGGGAGAACAGAUGGCUGCCCAUAUAUUUUUUGUCUGCUACAACCUGGACCAUAUCAAUGGGCCUAGCAUUUCCCUCCACACAAGAGUUCUCUGUAAUCACUAACCUUUUUUCUAUUUCAUUUGAAUGUGAUUAAAUUGUCUCCUCAAUCUCACUUUGAGGCAUAACACUGUAAAAAUUGAAAGAAAAAAGAAGGUGAAUACAAGAAAACAAAUUAGAAUGCCUUAUAGAGAGACAAUUCUGAGGUCAUAUUUUCUUAGAAGAUAAGACUUUUCUUUAAAAGUCUUAGAAGACUUUUAAAACCAUAUGAUUAAAUGAAGAUUAUAGGUAUCAUUUGGGGCAAUUUGUACUUGUGUCACAAGUAAAUGUUGUAAUCCUGGUUAUGAUGACUCCCAUAUACUUCCCUACAAAGAUAAUUCGAAGUAGUUAUCAUCCUAAAAACACAUAUGCACUUUAUUCUUGUGAAUCCAGGGUGAUAAGAUUAAAUAGCAAAUAAGCUGUUUUCUUAAGUAUUUUGCCAAGCAGCAAAGCAGACUAUAUAUCCCAACAGUGAUAGAAAAUCAAGUAAUAAUUUAACCCACUAGUGACAGAACAUUAUAUAAAGAAUCCAUGAAAAUAACUCUUUCAUAUAUAUUCCUUGGUAUGAACCUGAAUUGUUUGUAUCAUGAAGCUUGAAGCUUUACAUUUUAAAUGUAUGAUGAACCUGUAAAUUGUGAGUCUAACACAUGCCUACUUGCAACCGUGUGUGUCACAGAGAUACGUGUGCUCAUCAAGGAAGCCUGAUUGGCUGUGACCCCUUGCCUUGUACAGUUGGUGGGCAGGCAUUAUGUUGCUGCUGCACAAGCAACCAUGAUAAACCACACUCACAGAAGACACGUAUUAGCACCCAGAUUACAGUGAUUAUUUUUGUUUUUAACUUAGUAUAUCUUAUAGUCUGUUCUCUGUAUUUCAGCAAUGGCCUUCUACAAGCAUAACUCUCAAUCAUACUUCAGUCUAUGAGGCCUGCUUCUCCCUUCCCUCUUCAUCCCCAUUGCUAGAAGAGAGAGACUAGAAGCAGAAUAAUCUGUUUAUCAUUGUGAAUCAGGAACAAAAUUUAAGUUUAAAUAUGGCUUAUUUUGAACAAGCCAGUAUUGUAAAUCAUAGUUUAAAGUUGGCUUAUUAGAUAAACCUGAGUUAAUGCUAAAUCUAGUUUAUGCUGAUUCAGAUCUGGGAAUAAACCACAGUCUGCUAAAAAUGGAAGUAAAUACAUCCAAUAUCCUCCUUGCAAUCAGAUUAAUCCAUGAGCCUAAAGGAGUGCAGAAAUUCAAGUUCACUUGCAUAACACUAUGUAAGAGUUUAUUAUUAUGUCUGAACACAUAAUACACAUUUUGGGAAUGGCAAAAGUUGACUUUCAAAACUGUAACAGAUUAUACACUUCUUGUUAUAUGAAACCAAGUCUUAAUAUAUUUCAUAUGUAUUUAUAAAACCAAACAUCCUGUUUCCCUAUUACAUUUAAAUUACCUUGUUGUAACAGUUCCUUACCUUUAAAAUUUAUUGGCAAUACAGUUUAUUGUUUGACAUGGAUGUUGUUUGUUUGACAAUGAAUAAAGUUAUUUUCCCAUAUUAAUAUUACUAUAUUAUGAACUGUGAUGAAUUCCCAAUAGUACACUCUCAACUUUUGUUCUUGUGGAAAUAUAAAAGUGUGGAUCCUUCUGACUGUAAUUUUUAACAUGCAUUUAAAUAAAACCUAAAUUGGUUGGUA